UGUAUAACAUCACAAUAAAAUAAAGUAUGAAGCUUAGUGGACGAGGAACGCCUGCCUCAAGUUAACGUAACACUAUAGUGGUCACGGUAAAGUCAACUGCAAACAACAAGAGCUGCCAUCAUAAGUUACCAUCAACAACUUUAAAUUUACGGUCUUGCAAUGAAGAUUUUAGUUCUCUUCUGCUUUCUGUGGUUUAUGGAAAGCUGUUUUGCUGUAAAUGUAGUGAUGCUACCGAUGUUUGGGCCCAGUCACUACCUUGUUCUUACUAAACUCGGCGAGGAGCUCAGCAGAAGAGGCCAUGAGGUCUCAAUAUUCGUGUUUGAAGGAGCACAUUACGCCUCCGAAGCAAAGCCACUCGUCAAAGUCUUCAAAGCAAAGCAAGCAAGUGCCUUGGAUAAUUUUGUAAAAGGUUCGACCGUGAAGGAUGGGUAUUCACUGCAAAAAGAGAUCCUCGAUUUAUUGACGUUACAGGGAAGUUACUGUGACAGCUUUCUAAGUGAUGAAAAGGUAUUAAAUAAUCUCAAAACUGCUCAAAUAAUUGUUGGCGAUGCAGUUUUCAUGUGUUCGUCACUUGUUGCUGCAAAGUUUGACAUUCCUCAUGUUGCUGUGGCUCAAAGUGGUCUCGGGACGCCAAUAUUUCAGAUUUAUGGUAUAUCAAGCAAUCCGAGCUAUGUUCCUCAAAUGUUAUCYGGCUUAUCUCCAAACAUGGGUUUACUGGAUCGAGUGAAGAACUUUGGGUUUUAUCUUGGAAGGUUUGCUUUAGCAGAAAUGUAUGCGCGUGGAUUUUAUAGUUCAGUGAAAACAAAACACAACAUCAAACCUGAAGAAAGCAUUUGGAAGACACUGGGAACGGUAGAUUUACUUUUGUUGGAAAGGGACCUGGUGUUGGACUAUGUCGUUCCUUUACCACCUUAUGUAAAAGAAGUUGGUAGUUUUAUGCCUGGUCCUGCUAAACCUCUUCAGCCUGAGUUUGAAUCGUUCAUGUCGAGUUCUGGUGACGACGGCGUGAUACUUGUAGCGUUUGGAUCGAUGUUGGAUACGUUGGACAAUAAAAUCGUUGAAACGAUGAACGAAGCGUUUUCUAAACUUCCUCAGAAAGUCAUUUGGAGAUUGAACACAGAAAAAUUUGGUGGAAAAAUUUCUUCAAACGUCAAAACUGUUGGAUGGCUUCCACAGAACGAUAUUCUUGGUCAUCCUAAAACCAAGCUGUUCAUAGGGCAUGGUGGGGCCAGUGGGGUAGCAGAAACGGCAUACCACGGUGUUCCAAUGAUCUGCUCGCCUUUCUCUGGAGAUCAGUUUGAUAAUUCACGUGGUGUAGAGUACAUUGGUCUUGGUGAGACUCUUAGUGUCCAGACGACAACUGCUGACCAACUUGUUGAGAUGAUAAACAAAGUACUAACCGAGAAAAGGUAUAAAGAAACAGCUGCUCACUUGUCCAGUGUGUUGAAAAUGCGACCAAGAACUCCAGUUGAAGAAGCAGCAGAGCUUAUAGAAUAUGUCCAUGCCGUUGGUAACCUGGCUCAUCUCAAACCAAAGGGCCUGGAACUACCUUUCUAUCAGCUAUACAUGCUAGAUGUAUUGUUGGUUCUAGGAGUAGUAUUUGCAUUGGUCUUGUUUAUUGUUAGAUCUGUUGUGAAACGAGUGAUUAACGUUUGUUGUGGCGCUGCAAAGAAAACCAAAACGUCUUAGAGAAU